AUGAAGCUCGUCUUUGUCUUCUUGUUCUUUUUCUGCCUCCUCCAGUCUUGUGUCUGCGACGAUACGAUCAUGAGAACACAGUCCAUGAGAGAUGGUGAUGUUAUACUCUCUGAAGGGAAGAGAUUUGCAUUUGGAUUCUUCAGCCUUGGAGUUUCAAAGCUUCGUUAUGUGGGGAUUUGGUAUGCUCAAAUCUCUGACCAGACCGUUGUAUGGGUUGCAAACAGAGACCGUCCCAUGAAUGACACAUCUGGAGUAAUAAGGUUCAGCAGCAGAGGGGAUCUCUGCAUCUAUGCAUCAAUCAACACAACAGAGCCUCUCUGGUCGACUAAUGUUUCGGACAGUAUCCUGGAACCAACUCUAGUUGCGAGACUCUCUACUCUUGGGAACCUUGUUCUUCUUGAUUCAGUUACAGGGAGGGGUUUCUGGGAGAGUUUUGAUCAUCCUACAGACUCUUCUCUUCCGUCUAUGAGGUUGGGUUUCACACGAAAAGAUGGCCUGGAUCGCUUUCUGACGUCUUGGAAAUCUUCUGCUGACCCAAGUUCUGGAACUUUUACAUACCGGAUAAACCGUACGGGAUUCCCGCAGAUGAUUGUGUACAAAGGUCUGAUCCCAUGGUGGCGUGCUGGAACGUGGACCGGGUUAAAAUGGAGCGGUGUGCCUGGAAUGGCAAGAGGAGGCUCUUCUAUCUUCCAUAGCUCUUUUGUUAAUAAUCAGGACGAAGUAUCCAUAACUAACCUCGUGACCGAUGCUUCAGUCAUAACAAGAAUGAUGGUGAACGAGACAGGAAACUUGCAACGUCUCACAUGGGCCGCAACGGAGAAGAGAUGGAAUCUGUACUGGUCAGUUCCUAAAGAGGAAUGCGACAAUUAUGCACACUGUGGCCUUAACGGUUACUGCGAUCCCACAAGUUCAGCAUCAUUUGUGUGCACAUGCCUACCUGGUUUUGAACCAAAGAUGCCCCGGGAUUGGCUCUUGAGGGACACUUCGGGGGGAUGUACUAAGAAAAACAACGCUUCACUAUGCGGUGAGAAAGAAGGGUUUGUGAAGUUAAGGCGCGUGAAGAUUCCAGACACAUCAGUUGCUAGUGUGGAUAUGAAUAUAACGUUGAAAGAGUGCGAACAUAGGUGCUUGAGGAACUGCUCUUGUGUUGCUUACGCAAGCGCUUACUACGAGGGUGUGGGAGGAGCAAUAGGAUGCCUGACAUGGCACGGUGGUAUGUUGGAUGCGAGGAUAUACAUGAACUCGGGACAAGAUUUCUACAUACGCACAGACAGGGAAGAGAUAGAGCGGUGGAACAAAAAUGGCUCAGCAGGGAAGAAGAGAGUCAUUAUCAUUGUCAUCAGUUUGAUUAUAGCCGUAACGUUAGUAGCCGUCAUUUCGUUCUGUUUCGUAAGGAAGCGACGAGAGUCGAAUAGGCAAAGAAGAUCUUCAACAACCUUAGCUCCAGGUUCUUUUGAUAUUAAAGACCCAUUCAGAUUUGAAGAGGACCAAGGGAGAGAAUGGGAGUUACCUCUCUUUGAGCUUAAUACGAUCACUACAGCUACGAACAAUUUCGCUUUCCGUAACAAGCUUGGAGAAGGUGGUUUCGGACCCGUUUAUAAGGGCGUGUUAGAAAACGGUAUGGAGAUAGCAGUGAAGAGGUUGUCGAAAAACUCGGGCCAAGGAAUGGAAGAGUUCAAGAACGAGGUCAAGUUGAUAUCAAAGUUGCAGCAUCGGAAUCUCGUGAGGAUGUUAGGGUGUUGCGUUGAAUCGGAAGAGAAGAUGCUGAUAUACGAGUAUCUACCAAACAAGAGCCUAGACUAUUUCAUAUUCCAUGAAGAGCAGAGAGCGGAGUUGGAUUGGCCAAAAAGGAUGGAGAUAAUAUGCGGGAUUGCUCGUGGAAUCUUGUACCUACAUCAAGAUUCAAGACUAAGGAUCAUCCACAGAGACCUCAAGGCCAGCAAUGUACUUCUUGACAAUGAAAUGAUCCCCAAGAUUGCGGAUUUUGGCAUGGCUAGAAUCUUUGGAGGCAACCAAAUCAGAGGAAGCACAAAUCGGGUCGUCGGAACAUACGGCUAUAUGUCACCUGAGUAUGCAAUGGAGGGUCAUUUCUCCGUUAAAUCUGACGUCUACAGCUUCGGAGUAUUGAUCUUAGAGAUCAUAACAGGAAAGAAGAACAGUGCUUUCCACAAGGAAUCUUUGAACCUAGUCGGACAUAUCUGGGAUCUAUGGAACAAAGGUGUAGCAACGAAGGUCAUAGACAAACUAAUGAAUCAAGAUAUUCAUGAUGAGAGCGAAGUGAUGAAGUGCGUACACAUUGGGUUGCUUUGCGUGCAAGAAAAUGCUUCGGAUAGACCAGACAUGCCCUCUGUUGUGUCCAUGUUUGGUCAUAACGCCAAUGACUUUCCUCCUCCGAAGCAUCCUGCGUUUACGUCGGGAAGGAAGGCACACGUCAAGAAUGACGACAGCACAUCCGGUGCUUGCUUCAGUGGAGAAAACAGCACUUCUGUUAAUGACAUUACUCUCACUGAUGUUCAUGGCCGUUGA